GUCAAUGAGACGGAAGCUGCUGACGGCAGCACUACCGUAUUGACGUCUGCGACGUCUCCUGUUGCGGAAGAAUUGAGCGACACCACCACCGCAGAUAAUGUGACGGGCAAUGCGACGACGACACCACUUCAAGUAGUCGAGACGACCAGCACUGCUGAAGAGCAACUCUCGCAAGGGACGUCAUCGCCUACGUUAGUGGGUGAGCUAACGACAACAGAGGAAGGAAAAACGACUUCUAUCGAGCAGCGAAGGUUACCACGGCUGAGAUCACAGAGGAGAGGAAAGAAGGCAAUGUGGGAGAAGGAGGCUCCUUUUCGCACGGCAGGAACUGUGCAAUCUCUCAAUUACGUCUUCGGUUCGUGGUCAAAUGUAAAUGCUACCACGCCAGAAACCACAACAGGUUCCCCCAUGAACUGCACUGAUAUUGUGAAUCCAAAAACGGGACGGUCCGAUUUGGCGACUGAAAGAAAAGAAAUUGCUGACGAAGGACAGGUGUGUUUCGACGAAUUCGCUAAAAACGGGCAAGGUUUCUGUACGCAAGCAAAUGUUCUACGAAUGUGCGAACAUCGUAAUCUAAAAACACGUGCAGCUACGAGGAACAGAUGUCCAGUGGCGUGCGGCGUCUGUGUUCCGGGAAUGGAGGCCGCACAACUUGGAUUCAAGAGCGGCAAGGCGUGA